AUGGUUGAAACAGAUAUGAGCGCGAUUCUGGCGGGAGUUGGCGAGGAGCUGAAGUCAAAGCAGAGGAGACACCAAGAAGAAGCGUCUGACAAGCUUCGUGACCAAAUGGCACUCAUUACCAGAGACAAACCCAAUGAGCAGCUUAGAGAAGACUGCGAUACUCUAUGUCGCUUUCUUGGUCAAUUGAUCCUGCAUGGCGAUUCGAACGGAAUACUAGGAGGGCUCCUAGCACUAGAUCGGCUGAUCGAUAUUCUUGCAGGCAACGCAGCCCAAAUCGUCCCUCGAUUCGUCAGUUAUCUGAACAAAGCCCUGCAAAGUGAUGAUGUUCACACCCUAGUCUGUGCUUCAAAGUCUUUGGGGCGCCUCGUACCGCAAAGUGGAUUUCUAGCGAGGGAAUUGGUGAAGAGUGAGGUGCGGUCGGCCUUGGAACACGUACAUUCAGCAAACCCUGGCAGCAAGCGUCUGUUGGCAGCAUUCAUGACCAUCAAGGAGCUUGCGACCAACGCCCCCUCCUUGAUGCUCCCGUAUGCUGUUGAAGUGUUUGAGCUAGCAUGGGUUGGACUUCGCGAUUGCGAUCCGCUCAUAUGUGCGACGGCUGGAGGAGCCAUUGGUGAGUGCAUGAAGCUAACUAACGCGCGAGACCAACGUCUCGGCCAGACAUGGUGCAUGUGCUUUCACGAAGGCAUACUCUUAGGACUCGACUCCAGCGACACCCAAUUGAUUUUUGGUUCCCUAUUGCUCCGGAAGGAACUGGCAGUCUACUAUGGCAUACUCACAAUCGAGCAACAAAAAGAGACCUGCGACUUCAUAUUUCGGCUUAGUGGCCAUCGAAAUUCCCGAAUCCAGGCGCAGAUAAUCACUCUUCUCCCCACUCUGGCCACCCAUUCUCCGCUCGUUUUUGCCCAGAAUUACCUAGGCCCGUCCAUGGUUUUCUUGAAGACUCAAUUGAAGAAGAGCAAGGAGCGUGACGCUGUCUUCCGUGCUAUCGGGGAAAUGGCAAUUGCUAUGGGCGACAGCAUGGCUCCUUAUCUAGAGGACAUUACACGUUGCAUUCGAGAAGGCCUAACAAUGAAGGGUAAAGGCCAAACUCACAUCAACGACGCAUCAAUUCUGGACUGUAUCCGCAUGCUUUCUCUCGCUUUGGGUCCAACCUUCUCGAGCUACGCACAGGAGCUCCUUGCACUGAUGUUAACUUGUGAUAUAACCACCGAGCUUCGAGAUUCCCUCCAAACAACAGCAGAGCACAUUCCUUCUUUGAAGUCUACUAUACAGACAGACUUCCUUGCUCUUUUGGAACGCUUCCUCCUAGACCGUGGCGCAUGCACUGAUUCGAAUACUCAGCUUCCGGCGAGAACUACAAGCAAUGACCAUCACAUUCCCACACACCCGCGGGACGAUACCUUCGUUUUUGCUCUCAAAGUGCUAGGAGACUUUGAUUUUGGCUCCCUCCCCACCAGUGCGAUUGUGCAAAAGGUCAUGUUCAAAUAUGUGGAGCACGAAAGCCCAGAGGUUCGAAAGACCGCCGCAUUAACUUGUUGCCAAUACUUCUUGCGAGAUUUUAUGCUGAAACGCCCGGGUUGUAAACUUCCUCGAAUCCCUCCCGACGCUCUCAGAAGGCUUCUAUCACUCGGCAUUGGCGACCCUGACGCUAACAUUCGAGGAGCCGUGUUAUCGGCAUUUAGCUCAGAGUUCGACCGUCUUCUUGCACAGCCAGAUCAUAUCCGAUGUCUCUUUCUGGGCACUAAUGACGAGAUAUUCCAUGUUAGGAUUGCAGCGAUGUGCAUAAUCGGGCGCCUAUCAAGCAUUAACCCUGCUUACGUCCUUCCGUCACUCAGAAAGUUGCUUCUUAACUUGCUGACAGGUCUUACGUUCGCCAAAGCCGUCCCUGAAAAGUUAGAGACACUUCGGAUGAUCAACGCCUUUGCCUCAAAUAGCACAUCGCUACUAGAAGCAUAUGUCGCUCCGAUACUGGAUGUCUUACUUCCGAAGGCCACGGAUGAGAGCCAGGCUGUCGCAACUGCUACUCUGAAUGCUAUUGCGAACCUUUUCAAAUUCGCCGGACCCUCGGCGCGGGAUUACGGAGCAAGACUUAUGCCCUCCCUAUUGAGUUCUCUUGCAAGCUUGACCUCCAAUACUCGGCGUGAAGCGGCCCUCGAGGCAAUCAGUCAACUUGCCCAGAAUUCCGGACGCGCAACCUCUCCAUAUAUCGAGUUUCCCGAGCUCUUACCUGCUCUCAUCAAGAUGGUCAAGGUCGAGGAAAUUGAGUCUAUUCGGUUGUCCACGGUCAGGCUCCUUGGAACUCUGGGUGCUCUGGACCCAGUCAAAUGUCCUGGGACAAAUGGGUCUACCUUGGAACUCCAUCGUGUCAAUCAGGUGCUCAAGGAAUCAAAGAUGGACUCCCACAUGCGCCGCCUGGACCUCACUGAUGUGGAGAUUUUUCGAUCCGAGGUCUUCAAUGCCCUGAUGGACAAUGUCUUGUCUCAGCCUUCCCUGAAAAUGUUACACCCAUCUGCCAUCGACGCCACAGUUAUGGUCUGCAAAGUCACAGGAAUGCAGUGCACAUCCUUCCUCGAAAAGGUCAUCCCAACGUUUUUGUCUGUAAUCCGAGCAUCCUCUGAGGACACCUUCGGAUAUUACUUCAGCCAACUGAGUGCUCUGGUUGACGUGAUCAGACAACAUAUUCGCCCUUACCUAACAGAGAUCAUGAAUACCAUUCGGAUGUUUUGGCACAAUAUGAAUCAGGCGCCUCUCAUAUCACUGAUAGAAACCCUGUCAAUACACCUGGGAGAUGAGAUUAAGAGAUACAUCAGCAACUUGCUUCCAAUGAUAGUUGCCACCCUGGAAGGGGGGGCAUCUUCCGCGGCGCAGCGCAUUCUUCAUCUUCUAGUUGUGCUGGGUAACACUGUCGAGGAGUACAUGCAUGUUAUUGUUCCUUCUUUGAUACGAGUCCUUUCCGAUCCCGGCUACCCGAUUAAAGUGCGUAAGUCAGCUAUCGAUUGCAUUGCGAGCCUGUCAGAGGAAGUCGAUUUGUCCGAUCUCUCCUCUCCGCUGGUCCAGUCUCUCGUGGAUAUUCUUUCUGGAAAUGAACAUGUUCUAGUGCAGGCAAGUAUGGAUUGCCUUUGUGCACUCAUGAGGUUGCUAGGACGGGAAUUUAUGUGCUACACUCGGACUGUCAACAAAGUGCUUGAUCGUUACCAUAUCACUCACGAUGGAUACUCAACACUGCUAUGCAAGCUUCAAAAAGGAGAAAGUCUACCCCCACGCGUAGACACUAAUGCUCGCAUCGAACGCAACGAAAUCAUGUACGAGCGUCCCCGCAUGCGGCAAAGAGAACUGAACAUUAAUUCGGAACGCCUCAAGAACGCCUGGGAUACUUCGAGGGUGUCCACCACGCGAGAAUGGCAGCAGUGGGUUCAGGAGCUAACACUCCACCUCCUGGAAGAAUCGCCAUGCGCGACUGUUCGGGCCUGUGCAAACCUGGCAGAGCUAUAUCAUCCGUUUGCAAAGAGUCUAUUCCACACGGCCUUUGCCUCAUGCUGGGCUGCGCUUCCCGAACAAUAUCAACAAAGCCUUGCCGGGUCUCUAGUGAACGCCCUUGCGUCGCCGAAUACUUCCUAUAAUAUUACAUCCACAGUGCUCAACCUGGCAGAGUUCAUGGAUAGGUGCAACAUGUAUCUUCCUAUUGAGACUAGAGUGAUGUCAUACCACGCAAAAAGGUCACAUACCUACGCCAAGGCUCUGCGCUAUGAAGAAUUACACUUUGAUGCAGAUCAAAGCAUGAGCACACUGGAGACUCUCAUGGCUAUUAACAACAAUCUUCAACAGCCCGACUCUGCACAUGGGAUUCUUCGCACAUCCCACGAGCUUGGGAAAGGGGGUAUCAAGGAAAACUGGCUGGAGAAGCUGCAUUACUGGAAGGCGGCCCUUAAUUCAUAUGUGAGGCGCGAGAAAAACUGCGAGAGCGCUGAAGAUUGCGAAGACUGGGAUAUUGUCUUGGGAAAAAUACGUUGCUUGCAUGCUCUCGAGGAUUGGAAGGCGCUUUCCGAAAUCGCGGAUGAGAAGUGGAGCCGUGCAUCUCCAGAGCACCAGCGUGCUAUCGCGCCCUUGGCUGCUACCGCUGCGUGGCGACUGAAGGAUUGGGAGCUGAUGCAAACCCUCUUUGGUGGAAUUAAGCGGGGAACGGCAGACCGGAGCUUCUUCGGUGCUGUGCUAGCUGUCCACAGUGACCAGCUUGAGAUCGCGGCUGCGCAUAUUCGUGACGCGCAGAAGAAACUGGAUCCCGAACUCACUAUCAUGCUGGAUGAUUCCUACGGCCGCUCUUAUGAGGUCAUCGUCCGGCUACAGAUGCUCGCUGAAUUGGAAGAGAUCAUAAUCUACAAGAAGUCUCACGAUUCCGAGAGACGGCGGCAGAUCCAUGAGAUGUGGAAUCAGCGGCUGCUUGGGUGUCAGCGGAGUGUUGAAGUUUGGCAACGUAUCUUGAAUCUGCGGACCCUAUCCGGCUGUUCAGUCGGAGAUGACAUAGGAAUCUGGAUCAAAUUUGCGAACAUGUGUCGGAAGGAGAACCGAUUGGACAUGGCUGAGGAGGUGAUAGCCUCUGUUGAGGAAGCUGCGUCGAAUCUUCACGGGUCUCCCCUAACAGAGAUUACAUUUGCUCGUCUCAGAAUUGACUGGCAGCUAGGGCGUCGACAGGAGGCAUUCGACGGAAUGAAGACGCUUACGAGGAGUUUAGAGCACCAGCUUCCUCGUGGCAAACAAUCGAAGCAUUCGCUCAGUGAAAAGGACAAGCUUACUGGUUUCGGAAGCAUUCGAAAGAUCAUUUCAAAAUGCUAUCGGAGUCUAGCAGACUGGCAGACGGUCCUUCAUGAAGGCAGAUGGAAUUUGAAGCACAUCGAAGCAGUCCUCGAUUCCUACCAUGCUUCCAUGCAGCACAGCAGAGAUUCCUAUAAGGCAUGUCAUGUCUGGGCCCUAGCCGCCUACAAGACGGCACGCGUCAUUGGCAGAGACCCAUCCUCAAAGUCGAAGAUGCCCGAGAGUACACUACGCGGCUACAUAAUAUCUGCUAUCGAGGCGCUCUUCCAGUCCAUCUCCUUGUCAUCCAACUCACCCCUACAAGAUAUUCUCAGGAUUUUGACUCUCUGGUUCACACACGGCAACGAGAAAGAAGUCAAUAUUACAGUGAAUGGAGGAUUCUCACUUAUCAGCCUAGACGCAUGGCUUGCAGUGAGUCCUCAGCUGGUCGCUCGUAUCACCAGUCCCAGUAAGCUCGUGAGGACUACUGUGCAGCGAUUACUUACGGAGGUGGCCAAGUCCCACCCGCAAGCUUUGGUCUAUCCGUUGACGGUCGCGAUGAAAUCCCAGGUUGCUCGGCGUUCCCAUUCCGCGUGUGAUAUAAUUGGUGACACGAGACGACAUAGUCCAAACCUUGUCCUACAGGCAGAUACGAUCAGUCAGGAGCUGAUCCGCGUUGCCGCUCUGUGGCAUGAGCUCUGGCAUGAAGCACUCGAGGAGGCAUCCAGGGUAUGUUUCGUGCGCGGGGAUAUCGAAGGGAUGAUCAACAUGCUCAGACCAUUACAUGCGAUGAUGGAAGCUGGUCCUGUAACACUGAAUGAGAUCGCAUUUGUUCAGUCCUUCGGUCGCUAUCUCACCGAGGCGAAGCAAUACUGCCAGGCGUAUUUGGCGAGCCGCGCGGUCGGCGACGUCAACCACGCGUGGGGCUUGUACACUUUGGUCUAUCGGCGGAUUGGCACUCAACUGCCACUUAUGCUGCAGCUCGAGAUGGGGUCGAUAUCACCGAAGCUCAAGAGCUGCAUAAAUCUUGACGUUGCCGUUCCCGGUACCUAUCGCAACCACGCCAGCCCCGUGAUCAAGGUCGCGCGCUUUGAUCCUAAUCUGCCUGUUAUUGAAAGCAGGAAGCGACCGCGAAGGCUGAAGAUAGUCGGCGACGACGGCAAUGUUUAUAUGUAUCUGCUGAAGGGACAGGAAGAUAUCCGCCAGGACGAGCGUGUAAUGCAGUUAUUCGGCCUUGUCAAUACCCUCUUUGCAGGUGAUUCGGAAAGCGUUCGGCGGCAACUCGCGGUUCAACCAUUCCAAGCCAUCCCCCUAUCCCAAAGCUCCGGUCUCCUCGGGUGGGUUUCGAACAGUGAUACUGUUCACUCCCUGAUCAAGGAGCAUCGUGAAGCCCGUCAGAUAAAAUUCAACAUUGAGCUCAGCCUGAUGUUGCGGAUGUCGCCCAACUACGAUAAACUCCCUUUACUCGGCAAAAUCGAGACCUUCCAAGAUGCUAUGGCCAAAACAACCGGCAAGGACCUCUACCAGGUGCUCUGGCUAAAGAGCGCCAGCUCGGAAGCUUGGCUGGGCCAUCGUACACGCUACACACGCUCGUUGGCCGUGAUGUCAAUCGUGGGGUACAUCCUCGGCCUAGGCGACCGGCACCCGUCGAACUUGCUCAUGCAUCGCGAUACUGGAAACAUCGUGCAUGUCGAUUUCGGCGAUUGCUUCGAUGUCGCUUUACAGCGGGAUCAAUUUCCUGAGAAGGUUCCGUUCCGCCUGACCCGCAUGAUGGUGGUCGCCAUGGGGAUUGGCAAUUUGGAAGGGAACUUUCGCGCCGCAUGUGAAAUUGUGGUGAGAGUUCUCAGGACUCAUAAGGAUUCUAUUAUGACCAUUCUUGAAGCGUUCCUCCACGACCCUGUCUUAACUUGGCAGAUGGGCUCCGAACCUUCUUACCCUCAAUCCCCAAAGUCUGGAGAUCUCGAAGGUCUGGGGGACAUUGGCCAAGUAACUGAAUCACCUUCCUUUCGUCGAUCCUCUGUCCUAGGCGCCGGCGUCCUCGAUCCGCAGCAAGGAAUCGAUAAGAACAGCGCCGGUGGUGAGGAAAUCCUCAAUGCCCGCGCCGUGGAGGUCCUUUCCCGGGUCGAGCAAAAGCUCACAGGUUGUGACUUCCGAAGGGGGCAGAUGGGUGUUGAAGAGCAAGUUAGGAAGCUGAUUGAGGAAGCCACUAACAUCGAGAAUCUAUGUCAGCAUUAUGCCGGAUGGUGUGCAUUUUGGUGAUGGGCUGUUUGGUUUACUGGAAUGGUUUGGAGGAUUACGAGUAAUGAUGGGUAUUCUGGAUGUGUUAAUCAUGAUUUAUCGAGAUAUGCUGGCGCUGGAUUGCUGGGUUAUGCUCAGGUCGGGAUUUGGGGUUUAUCGGUUCAUUUUGCGGUCAUAUUGUUGUUUUCAAGGGACUGUUGGGGUUUGCUUUGUUAUGUCUUGUUUGCUUGCGCUGGUUUCCUGUGAAGUACAUGGUUGAAUUCAUGAGACCUAUUCACCAGCCUUCUCAUCUGUUUCAAAGUUCGAUUG